AACAUUCGAAAUACAAUUUGUCAGUCAAACACUGAAUAACGAUGAGACAGGCAGCGUUGUUCCUCUUGCUGGCAGUAAACCUUUCCGGAGCUUGUCAAAUUUCUCAAGAGAAUGCUCAAACUACAACUCAUUACUUCCGCACCAAACUGGACCACUUUGACGCGGACAACGACGAAACGUUCGAGUUCCGCUACAUGUCCAACGGUGAGCACUACAAACUGGGAAGGCCCAUCUUUGUGUACGUCGGAGGACCAUGGCCCAUGUACUCGUACUACAUUGAAAACGGACAUUUUUACGAUAUUGCGGUUCGGGAGCGUGGCUGGUUGUUUGCGAACGAGCAUCGAUUCUACGGGGAAAGCAUUCCAAAUGGGGAUCUCUCAACCGACAACCUAAAGUUUCUGACUGUCGAGCAAGCUCUCGAAGAUCUAGCUGAGCUGAUUCGUCACCUGAAAGAAAAGGUUGUUUGUGAUGAGAACGCUAGGGUGAUUCUGCUGGGCGCUGGUUACGGUGGAACGGUGGCCACUUUUAUGCGUAAGCAGUACCCUGAACUGGUCGACGGAGUUUGGAUUUCCAGUGGUCGUGUCGAAGCUCGCUUAAAUUUCAAGGAAUACGCCGUUUUAAUUGGUGAAAUGAUUCUUAAGUAUGGAGAUCAAAUUUGUUAUGAAAGAAUAAAAACUGCUUACCGUGAAGCAGAAAUUGAAUUGGCUGCUGGCUUCAACCGUAACAUUAGUGAAAUGUUCAAUACCUGCAAAACGAUACGAACCAACCUGGAUGCACAAACCUUCUUCUACAGCGUCAAGCAAAAACUUCAGUUUGAAAUCCUAGCCCAUCAAAGCGUAGAAUCUACAAAACAAAUCUGUGACAGCCUGAACAACAGCAAAGAACUGACCAACUUGCGGCGAUUGGCCGAAUGGGUGCGGAACAACACCCAAGAUCAGGACUGCAACCCGUACGAUUUUGAAACCUCGUUGAAGAGCCUUCGCGACGUUGACAUCGGCAACGAGGAGAACAAAUUGUGGGGCAAACGGCAGCUGGCUUAUCAGUCCUGUACGGAGUUUGGGUGGUUCCUUACGACGGACGCCAUGGAUCAGCCCUUUGGACAUCGAGUGGACAUGGAAUACUUCUACAACUAUUGUGCGGCCAUCUUUGGAGGUUGGCUGACUCCGGAGGUAAUCAACGAUGGGGUUAAGCGAACCAAUGAGCGUUUUGGAGGUCAAAACCAGGACAUCAAAAAUGUGUUGUUUGUGAAUGGAGCGUUGGAUCCGAUGAGAAAUAUCUCAAUCACUGAAUAUCAUGAAAAGGAAUCUGAUGCUAUUGUUAUUUCGGCACAUUUUAGUAGUGCUGAUAUGGGAUCGAUUAGUGACCAAGACUCGCCGGAGCUUAAGAAAGCCAAACUCAGAAUUGAAGAGUUUGUUCAAAGAUGGAUUAACUAAGUGUUAGGCACGUGUACAAAGUACGA